AUGGCGGAUUCCACGAAUGAUGUUGUGAUGCCGGGUGAUGUUUUACAUAAUUUGAAGACUUCAGACACUUCUGGCAAGAUUGUCAUUGGUCCCGGUUUGAGAAGAGAUUCAGAUAAUAUCAUAGUGACAAAACCUGGAGUCGUCAGAUUCAAGGAUCCGAAUAUAUAUUGGGUCGAUUGCUACCAAAAAAGAUAUGUUCCAGCCAGAGGAGAGAGUGUUAUAGGAAUCGUCACCAUGAAAGCUGGAGAUAUAUUCAAGUUAGACGUUGGUGCCAGUGAGCAAGCCACGCUAUCAUUCCUAUCAUUUGAAGGUGCUACUAAGAAAAAUAGGCCAAAUUGUAAAGUUGGUGAUAUUGUCUAUGCUAAGUUUGCUGUUGCCAACAAAGAUAUGGAGAGAGAACUUGUGUGUAUUGGAAGCAAUGGGAAAAGUGGCGGCCUUGGGGUGAUUAAAGGUGGUGGGCUGCUCUUCCACUCUUCCUUGUAUCUUUGUAGAAAGAUCCUCAGUCCAGACUGUGUUCUCUUGAAGACGUUGGGGCGGUCAAUGCCCUAUGAGAUUGCCAUUGGGAUGAAUGGGAGAAUCUGGAUCAAGGGACGAUCGGCCGGAGAGGCAAUUGCUAUAUAUAACGGUAUAACGUGUGCUGAACAUAUGGACAAUGAACAAAUCAAAGUCAUGUGCAAGAAACUGUUAGACGCUUUGGCAGGAUUUGCUAGUUUUGGUGCCGACUGAAAUAAAUGUGUUUUUUUUAGUGAAUAUUGAGUUC